AAGAUGGAAAGGCGAGGUUAGAAUAUGGACACAUAAUAAUCAAUUUUUUUGCCCGUGGUGUCCUGUGGAGGGUGCUCUGGGAGUAUGGUGUCCGGGGAGCCUUACUGAGGGCUGGAACUGGACAGGAAGUUAGACCUGUUCCUGGUGCAUGUUGGACUCAGGCAGGGCUGUCCUUUAUCACCGGUUCUGUUCAGUUUUUAUGGAGAGAAUUUCUAGGCACAGUCAGGGGCCGGAGGGGGUCUGGUUUGGGGACCACAAGAUUUCUGAUCUGAUUUCAUCUCUGCUCUGUGCAGGUGAUAUUGUUCUGUUGGAUUAAUCGUGGUGGGACAUCCAGCUUGUAUUGGAGCGGUUUGCUGCCAGGUGUGAAGCAGCUGGGAUGAGGGUCAGCACCGCUAAGUCUGAAGCCAUGGCUCUUGACCGGAGAAAGGUAGUUUGCCUUCUCUCGGUGGGUGGAGUGUACCUGCCUCAGGUGGAGGAGUUUAAAUAUCUUGGGGUCUUGGUCAGGAGUAAGAGAAGAUCGGAGUGUAAGAUUGACAGGUGGAUUACCGUUACGCGGUCACUGCACCGGCCCAUUGUGGUGAAAAGAGAGCUGAGCCAGACUGCAAAACUCUCAAUUUAUUGGUCGAUCUUCGUCCCAGUACUCACCUAUGGUCAUGAGCUCUGGGUCAUGACCGAAGGAACUAGAUCCUGACUACAAGCGGCUGAAAUUAGCUUCCUCCAGAGAUAGGGUGAGAACCUUGGUCACCCGGAGAGAGCUCAGAGUAAAGCUGCUUCACCACAUCGAGAGGAGCCAGUUGAGGUGGCAUGGGCAUUUGUUCUGAAUGCUUCCUGGAUGCCUCCCUGGGGAGGUGUUCUAGGCAUGUCCCACUGGGUGGGGGAAGACCCAGGACACGCUGGAGAGACUACGUGUCUUGGCUAGCCUGGGAACACCUCAGGGUCCCCCCAGAAGAGCUGGAGGAAGUGGGAGGGGAGAGGGAAGUCUUCAGCAAAUAUCCAGUCACUAAUGAUAAGCUAAUUCUUCUUCCUGGUAUGUCCCCUGUCCCGACCUGGAGAGUAUCCUUCCUUCAUGUAGACUUCCCUGAGGUUUCUUCUUUUUUUUUUUUUUUUCUUAGAAUCGUUUUUUUUUGUUUGUUUGUUUUUCCUCACCCAGACUGAUGCUCUAAGAUCAGGAAAACACAAUUUAAGUUUAGUCUUUUUUAGUUUAGUUCAGCAACCAGCUAUUGUUUAUAUUUUAUGACUAACUUUCUGCUUUUGUACAAUUACCGCUAUGAAGCCUAUGAAACAAUUGUUUAGUGGUAUUGGGCUAUAGAAAUAAAACUGAAUUGAAGUGACCUACUGCUUUGUAUGCAAUGAAAAUAACAAAGAAUAUUGUUCCUAACUUUUUGGACACUGAUUCUUGUCUAUGGAAAGAAGUGUAAAGCAAUCUUGGAAGUCCUGGAGUUUCCAAAAUAUUACAACUUCACUGCUAAAGAGAGAGGCAUUGAAAUGACUUGAACCGGAAGUUUAGCAAGUGGAAGGUACGGUUUAACUUUACAUACAUAUAUAGUACAUUUAAAAAUACAUAAUUAAUUCUCUUCUUUUCCUUUCGGCUUUUUAUGAUAAAGUGAUAUUCAUGUUGACAAUUAUUUGUUUAUUUUAAAAAUCGCCAAUUUCAGCUCUUUCACCUACACAAAUGUUAUAGUUGAGUGGUUAUCUAUUAGAACUUAUUUUUCUUAAAUUCCUUAUUGUCUAAAGGUCAAAAAUCUUGAGCCCCUACCCCUCAAAAAUCCUGUGGACAUCCCUGUCCAAAUGCAUAUGCGACUGGAUAAAAUUAACAUGAAACUGCCAGAAGGUUGUACCCACAUGACUAAAUGUUGUGGACGUUGCACUAACUGUUGUGAGAAGUUUAAUUCUGUUUUGAGGAGUGCACCAAAACACUUAAGAAAAAAAAAAACAAAUGUAAAAUUACACAAUUAGAAGCAUGGAAUUACCACAAACUUGGAGUUUCUGACUGUUCUGUCGUGUUUUUUUUUCUUUGCAUUUAUUUUACUUUCAGUUUGAGGCUUUUUGUAAAAUUUUUGCUUUCGCUUUUGUGGACGAGGUGGAUCUAACGUACCACAUCACAUGCUCUUCAGUUCUUUGGCACGCAGCUUUCAACAAAGACAAAGGCCCAGCCUCACCCGGACUCUGCCUCCUGCGGCCACAACUACUAACUUGAGUUCAAGACCCCUGAUUUAAUUCAAGUUAGAAAUACUGGGUUUGGCAUUGACACAGACUGAAACAAAAUCCGCAUUUUUCACUUGACCGGUAUCAAACAAGAUGAACUCCAAGAUGAACUCCCAGCUCACCAAGAAACAGCAGAAAGCAAUCUGUUCUCAGCUGGGAAAUGUCAAACUGAAGUUGCUCUACAAAGCCAGCAUCCAUGGUUUCACUGGAGCAGCUUUCCACCAACACUGUGACAACAAGUCACCCACUCUGUCUGUGGGUUACAGCACCACUGGACGUGUGUUUGGAGGAUACACCAGACAACCGUUCAGUCAGUCUAGACAGUUUGUAAAUGAUGGUCAGGCCUUUGUGUUCUUCUUCAGUGGAGAAACGCUCAACAAAUAUCCAGUCACCAAUGCUUCACGCGCAGUGAAAAUGGUCAGGGAUAGUGGUCCUAACUUUGGGGACACACUGAUUCUUGUCUAUGAAAACACCCCAAAAGUGUACAGCAAUCCUGGAAGUUUUUUAGCUUUUCUUUUUAGAAAAUCUUACAACUUCACUGCGGAAAAGAUGAAUGACAAUGACUUGAACCUGACUGAAUGUGAAGUUUACCAGGUGGAAGAACGGUAUGAAAAUCCAUGGAGGACAGUGACUUGGACGCCUGAGGAAAAGGAGGAGUUGAUGGAGAAAAUUAAAUCCUACAAACAUCUAAAAAGCUCCUCGUUCAAUGCUCGGGUUUUACUUGUUGGACCAAUUGGAGCUGGAAAGACCAGUUUCUUCAAUUCUUUCAAGUCUGUUUUUAGAGGUUAUGUCACAAACCAGGGCAUGGCUGGAAAUCUAUCCGACAAAAGCCUGACAACACAGUUUUGGAGCUUUACUGUGCAGCUUGAACCUGAAGGCAAACCUCUGCCACUCGUCAUUUGUGAUACCAUGGGACUGGAGGCAGACGAGGGGGCAGGGAUUCAUAUUGAUGAUAUCCCUAACCUCAUCAAUGGUCAUAUACCUGAAGGUUAUCAGUUCAACCCCUCUGUUCCUCUGAAACCUGAGGCUCAAGGUUUCUGCAAGAAUCCAGAACUCAAAGACAAGAUCCACUGUGUGGCUUAUGUCUUAGAUGCCAGCACGAUCUCCAUCAUGCCCCAAAAUAUGGAGAGGAAACUGAAAGCUAUCCGCAAGAUGGUCAUCUCGUCACGGGUCCAACAGCUGGUGUUGCUCACUAAGAUAGAUGAAGCCUGCCCUCUGGUGAAAGAAGAUAUCACAAAUGUCUACAAGAGCAUAUACAUCAAAGAACUAAUGCAGGAGGCUUCCACUCGGGUCGGUGUACCUUUGUCCUGCGUUGUUCCAGUGAAAAACUACAAUGAGAAGGUGGAAUUGGACAUGAACAUUGACAUCCUGUUUCUCAGUGCGAUCGUUCAGAUACUUCGCCUUCUGAAUGACUUCUUUGAUGAGCCCAGAGGCUGAAUGACUGAAUUACUGCUAUCUUCCUCUUAGCCUUUUCGCUGUUCCCAUCAGAGAUCACUACAGCAAAUCAUGUCUCCAUCUGAUCCUAUCCUCUUCAGGCUCUUCACUCAUAGCAACAAUCCUUAUGUCCUUCCUAUAUGUACAGUCAUGUAUCUUCUUUUUGGCUUUCCUCUUCACUUUGAAUGUAAUUCUUGUGUCAGAAAUUAUUUUCACAGCUGAAUGAGUUUAAAUAUUUGGGUAUUGUAUUUUUAGGGUUGAGUGUAAGAUUGAUCAAUACAUCAUUGUGAUGUCUGCAGUAAAAUAUACUAUUCCAGAUUGUCAUUUAAUAAAGCUUUGUUUUGUUAAAGUUGCUUUUACUUGAUCUAGUAUAUUGAAUUCAUAAUACAACAUUACAAGCUCUACUGCCCGGAGUCACUGAAUUCUAUUCAUUUACUCUCAGUUUUGUGAAAGAAAACAGUAAGUUUGACACAAGAUAAAGCCAGAAUUCUAGAGGACUCCAUGAUUCCUUCUGCUGAGGAUCUUCAUGGAGAUGCAGAUUUCAUCUUCCAGCAGGACCUGGGCCCUGCCCACAUUAUCAAAGUAUUGAAGAUAGACAAAUACUUGAAAUGUAUUAAACAGUGGGCCCUGAAUCAAUACAAUAUGUGUAUAUUUUUA